UUAUCCAUGACAUCCAAGGUCAGCACAAAAACACAUUCAGCUAAAUAUUGUUUAAUUAGCAGUAUUAAACGAAAUCCCUCCAUUUAAGGCAUUUGAAGGAAAAUAAAGAUUAAAAAUAAUAGCAAUAGUAAUAGUGAUUUAAUGAAUAUUUUUCAUUAAAUAAAAAUUUUAAAUCCUUGUGUAAAAUUAGCUCCGGGAUAGGAGUAAUAUAUUUACUAACAGUUUUACCCAAUAAAAUAUUUAAAAGUUUGACAUAAUUAAAAAGCUAUGAAAAAAAAAUACUUCAGUAGCAAACAAUGGUUUCAUAUUCACAUUGUUUAGUUUUAAAAAAUGUGUUCAGCCUUUCAAAGCAAAACUCUUUUACCAACAGUGACUAUCAACACAAUCCUACCUAUAUGACUGUUCAACUAAUCAUUAUUUAGGAAUCAGUCACACAAUCUGUAAAUAACCUGUAAAUUUAUUCUCGUGUUUUACAGAGCUGCACGUGAAACCGGAGAUAAAGGAAGAUUGAUAAGCGUCCUUUCGGUUUUCAACCAAUCGAGGUCGAGUAUUCCCUGACGCAGUGACCAAUCAGAGAGAGCGGAGCCGUAUUUGAAUCACCAGCAGGCCUUUGUACUGUACGGAAUGUUUUGAGUUGAGUUGGACAAGGAACACGAAGCAAAGCUAAACGGUCCAUUUUUUUUAAAAGUUACAUUUUUAUUUAAGCACGAGUUCUGCGAUAAGCGUAUUCGCCAUGGAUAUUCACGCGUUGCGCAAUGCAAACAACCCUGUUUUUAUCGGUGGCAAAGGCGGGCCUGUGAACGGUGCAGGGAGGAGGCCCGUGUUUGGCGAACUGUCCAACUUCACCCACAAACCAGUUCAGACCAAGGUCCAACCUGUGGUACCUGUGAUGCGAGCCGGCCAGCCAGCUGUUGUACCAGUCAAACGUGCCCCGGUGCAGCGCGAGGUACCCCAGCCUGCCCCAGCGCUGCCCUCUGCAGGAGCUGAUGUGAGCAUGAAGGAAGAGGAGUUGUGCCAAGCCUUUUCCAACACGCUCUUUCCAGUUGAGGACAUCGAUGAAGGGGAUGCUGACAUGCCUCAGCUUUGUCCUGAAUAUGUGAAGGACAUCUAUGCGUACCUGCGAUGCCUUGAGGGUCAGCAGUCGGUUCGUCCCCGUUAUAUGCGUGGCUACGAUAUCAAUGGAAGGAUGCGUGCUCUCCUGGUUGACUGGCUCAUUCAAGUGCACUCGAGAUUUCAGCUCCUGCAGGAAACUUUGUACAUGACUGUAGCUAUCCUUGAUCGCUUUCUCCAGGUCCAGCCUGUGACCCGUAAGAAGCUCCAGCUAGUAGGUGUAACUGCAAUGCUGAUUGCUUGUAAAUACGAGGAGAUGUAUGUGCCAAUGGUUGGGGACUUUGCCUACAUUGCUGACGAUGCCUUCACAAAAGCUCAGAUCCGAGAGAUGGAGAUGCUGAUUCUCAGUGAGCUCAACUUUGAGCUCGGACGUCCUCUGCCCCUGCACUUCCUGCGGAGGGCUUCAAAGGCUGGGAAUGCUGAUGCUGAGAAGCAUACACUUGCGAAAUAUUUCCUAGAACUGACACUACUUGACUACGACAUGGUCCACUUUAACCCUUCGGAGACUGCAGCUGCUGCCCUGUGCCUUUCUCAACUUGUACUUGAUGGCCAAAAAUGGUCACCAACCCAGCAACACUACUCUUCCUAUGAUGAGGCUCACCUGAAGCCGAUCAUGCAGCAGAUUGCCAAAAAUGUGGUUAUGGUCAAUGAAGGGCUCUCAAAGCAUGUGACGGUGAGAAAGAAAUACUCCAGCAGUAGGCUCAUGAAGAUCAGCCUUCUUCCCCAGCUGAAGUCGUCACUUGUGAAGGAUCUGGCUGCUCCUCUGCUGUCCAGCUCUUGAGUGCUUCUAUGUGGGAAUGGACACUGAAACCUGCACUUUAUUUUGUGUCAGCCAUUUUGGGAGAUGGACUGCUGCUUUUUAAACUGAUGUACAUAUUCUGUAUAAAUAAACAUUGUUCUACUUUUUUUAUGAAGAUUACGCUUUUAAUCUGAGGGUUUAAGGUUUUUUUUUGUAACUGGUUUUAUGAACUUGCUGGAGCUGUAUUUUAUAUAUUGCUUUACCUUGGUGGCCAAAUUGAAGCUGGAAUCAAUUAAAAUCCAAAGAUUUAUUACAA